CCUAAAUCAUGCCCUUAAUCUGUACAGGUUCCCCAGUAUAGGUUCUUAGCCAAGCUAAAGUCUUGGCUCAAACAUAAGGGUUGGAGUCCAAAGUGAAUUUUGUUAAAAACUAGUGCCAGGAAAGAGGACCUUCCAAUUGAGGACCUCAAGUGGAUAAUUAUUGCCCCAAGCCUCUUCCUGGGUGUAUUACCAGCAGCAACUAGCUCUCCCUUGGUGGCAUUGCAUACAAUGCCAGCUGCUAGCUGGGAAGGCUCACUGAUGCCUAGUUUAGUACCCAUGAGACACCUAAUGCAGCAGGUCUUGCUGAAAAGAAGUGACAAGGAGCUCCAACUGACCAGCAAGAGACCCACCACUUUAUUCCAUCAGAGUACAAGUAGAUGACAAGAGUCUACUUUAAAUUGAGGAAUGAGGCUCCUUCUGGAUUCAGAUGGAUUCUGUAUUCCGGAAUGGGAUGGCUUAACAUGCUGGCCAAGCGGAUUCCCAGGAGAGCUCACUGCUGUUCGGUGCCCGAAUUAUAUUUAUGAUUUUAAUCAUAAAGGGUUCGCCUAUCGCCAGUGCGAUAAUGAUGGAAUGUGGAAGUUUGUUGAAGAUCUGAACCGAACGUGGACAAACUACACAGAAUGCCUCACUUUUCUGCAGCCGGACAAUAACGAUAGACAAGAGUUCUUUGAACGGGUAUAUGUAAUGUAUACCAUUGGAUAUUCCGUGUCUCUCUGCUCAUUGAUCAUAGCAAUUGUAAUUAUAGGAUAUUUCAAAAGACUCCAUUGCACUAGGAAUUAUAUCCACAUGCACUUGUUUGUCUCCUUCAUACUGAGGGCACUCAGUAUUUUCAUCAAAGACAAUGUUGUGCAUUCUGAUUUCAAAAUGCAGGAAUAUGAUUCUCUUUCAGUGGAUGAUCUGACAACCGUCACAGUCGCCCCUACAAUAGAGAAGUUCCGUUAUGUAGGAUGCAAGAUUGCUGUCAUAGUGUUUCUGUAUUUCUUGGCUACAAACUACUACUGGAUUCUAGUAGAAGGCCUUUAUUUGCACUGUCUCAUAUUGAUGGCCUUCCUGUCUGACAGAAAAUAUCUGUGGACUUUUACUUUCAUCGGAUGGGGAGUUCCAGCAGUCUUUGUUGUAGCUUGGGCCAUUGUGAGAGCAGUAUGGGCUGAUGAAAGCUGCUGGGAUCUAAACGUGGGCAACUUCAAUUGGAUUUAUCAAACACCAAUUUUAAUAGCUAUUGUGGUAAAUUUUAUCUUGUUUGUAAAUAUUGUUCGGGUUCUGGCUACCAAGCUUCGUGAAACAAAUGCUGGGCGAUAUGAUGCAAGAAAACAGUACAGAAAACUAGCCAAGUCCACCUUAGUGCUUGUGCUCGUGUUUGGAGUGCACUACAUUGUAUUUGUUGGUGUGCCACACACGUUCACUGGAUUAGCAUGGGAAAUACGGAUGCAUUUUGAACUAUUCUUCAACUCAUUUCAGGGAUUCUUUGUUGCGAUUAUCUACUGUUUCUGCAAUGGAGAGGUUCAAACUGAAAUCAAAAAGACAUGGACAAGGUGGCACCUUUCACUAGACUGGAAUGGGAAGGCGAGCUGUGGGACUUACCGAUAUGCCUCAGCAUUAACCAACCUGACCAACAGUACCGCCAGUCAGGCACAGGUCAAUGCACGCACAUCAUUAUUAACUCGAAAAUUUCUUAAGAAUGAGGUUAAACAGGAAAACAGCCAUCUGAUUCUACCUGGGUAUGUAAGAAGCAACUCUGAUCCAGAGAGCUUACAGCCGUCUAUUCCUGAAGAACUCAAUGAAAAUGAGGAAAACCUUGAUGAUGUAAUUUAUCUUAAAGAAUCAUCAAAGGCUGUUCUUGAGGCAAACAUUGAACAUGAAGAAGCAGUUUAAAAGGACAAUAAGGCUAUAAUGAAGUGAACAUUUGCUCCAUUGAAAUUCUUGUACAAGAAAUCUGUGUUCUUUGUGAUGAAACAAAAGACUCGGAUCCCAGGAACUUUGCAUUCUAGCACUGCCACACUAUUCAUUUAUUUUCAUUUACCUAUGAAAGCUCUGCGGUCAAUUAAGAAUGUCAAUACAUAUUGAUUACUGUACAGUUCAAAUUGUGUCUAAUUAAUAUCUUGCCAUACUGUAUCUGACAUGAACUGGGCUGCUUCUGAUUUGUGUGGGAGACCAAAGUUAGAUUUCAAGUUCCAGCCC